CGGGGAGCCGGGGAGGGGGAGGCGGAGGAGGCGCGGAGGGAGGAGGGGCGCGCUGAGCCGCCGAGGGCUGCUCGGGACUCGUCGGAACCGCACGACUUCGCAUCGCCGCCGUCCCGCUCUCCUCCCGGGUCCCGGAGGCCGCCCGGCCCCGCUCGGGUGCCCGUUGGCCCCACCCCGCCCCCAUGGCGUCUGCGGACGACCCUCUGCGCGCAGAUCACUUGGCAAAGGAGCCAGUGGAAGACACAGACCCUAGCACCAUAUCCCUUAACAUGUCAGACAAAUAUCCCAUUCAAGAUACGGGACUCCCUAAAGCCAAGGACUGUGAUCCAAUUACUUUGAACUGCCCGACAAAUUCUGACGUGCAACACCAGGGAGAAGAAAAUGGCUUUGCAGACAGUACCGGAGAUCCCCUUUCAGAGAGAAGCCAGGCCGCGUCCUGCGCGGAGAAUGGCACCUGUUCCUCCUGCUCCCUCCGGGCCCCCACCAUCAGCGACUUGCUCAACGACCAGGACUUACUGGACGUGAUCAGGAUAAAGCUGGACCCAUGUCACCCAACGGUCAAAAACUGGAGGAACUUUGCGAGCAAGUGGGGCAUGCCCUACGACGAGCUCUGCUUCCUGGAGCAGAGGCCGCAGAGCCCCACCCUGGAGUUCUUGCUGCGGAACAGCCAGCGGACGGUGGGCCAGCUGGUGGAGCUGUGCAGGCUCUACCGCAGGGCCGACGUGGAGAAGGUGCUGCGCAGGUGGGUGGACGAGGAGUGGCCCAGGCGGGGGCGCGCGGACCCCCGCAGGAACCUCUGACACCUGCGCCUCCUCCCCAGCCCCUCAGGGCCGAGGCAGCCCGCGUUAGGGAGCAGUGGGGGGAGGGCACGGCUCAGCCGCAGAGCACACGCUCAGCGUGAUUAGGUCCCGGGUUCAACCCCAGGGCCUCCUGUAAAUAGGUAAACCUGAUUACCUGCCCCACCCCCCGCCGGAAAAAAGGAGCGAUGAGAAUCCAUCCUUGUUUAAGUUGAGGAUAAGGACGAACAGCAGACACUGGUUUUCCCCAAAGCUGGUGGUUUUGUGCAGGGGUGGGGUAUGUUUCUGGUGGCGGAUUUUCCUUUAGUUUUGCACAUCUGUUUUAAUUUAACAUUUGAAUCUGGAAAAACUGGGAAAAAUAUGUCAUAGGCUCCUACAGGGACCAGGGCCAAAGCCUGCAAUCAGAGUGGACUCAUGUGUGAUGCGAUGGAAAUAAAGGUGCCCUCUCCCUUAAA